CUCAAUAAAUAUUUGUUCAGUGAAUAAAUAAGUCAGUGCUGAACUGCCUGCUUCUUGGGUGGGAGUCUCUAACCACUGGGGGACCCCAGAGCCUACUAAUGAGAGGCUGCCUUUCCCUUGCAGUCAUCAAGAGCCCUCCUGGCUGGGAGGUGGGUGUCUACACCGCUGGGGCCCUGGCGCUGCUGGGAAUUGCGGCCGUGAGCCUGUGGAAGCUCUGGACAUCGGGGAGCUUCCCCAGCCCCUCCCCGUUCCCUAACUACGACUAUAGGUACCUUCAGCAGAAGUAUGGCGAGACCUACGCAGAGGCCAAGCAGAAGAGAGCGCCUGCCUGGAAUGCCCAGCGGGCCAGCACUCGGGGACCGCCCAGUCGCAAAGGCAGCCUCAGCAUCGAGGACACGUUUGAGAGCAUCAGCGAGCUGGGGCCCCUGGAGCUGAUGGGCCGGGAGCUGGACCUGGCCCCCUACGGGACCCUCCGCAAGUCCCAGUCGGCUGACUCCCUGAACUCCAUCUCCUCCGUGAGCAACACCUUCGGGCAGGACUUCACGCUGGGCCAGGUGGAAGUAAGCAUGGACUACGAUGCCGCCUCCCACACCCUCCACGUGGCCGUGCUGCAGGGCAAGGACCUCCUGGAGCGCGAAGAAGCCAGUUUCGAGUCCUGCUUCAUGCGCAUCAGCCUGCUGCCCGAUGAGCAGAUCGUGGGCAUUUCCCGGAUCCAGAGGAAUGCCUACUCCAUCUUCUUUGACGAGAAGUUCUCCAUUCCCCUGGACCCUGCAGCCCUGGAGGAGAAGAGCCUGCGGUUUUCCGUGUUUGGCAUCGAUGAGGACGAGCGGAACAUCAGCACGGGCGUGGUGGAGCUGAAGCUUUCUGUGCUCGACCUCCCGCUACAGCCCUUCAGCGGCUGGCUCUACCUACAGGACCAGAACAAGGCUGCCGACGCUGUGGGCGAGAUCUUGCUGUCCCUCAGCUACCUCCCUACGGCUGAGCGCCUCACUGUGGUGGUGGUGAAGGCCAAGAAUCUCAUCUGGACCAACGACAAGACCACGGCAGACCCCUUCGUCAAAGUGUACCUGCUUCAGGAUGGGAGGAAGAUGAGCAAAAAGAAGACAGCCGUGAAGAGGGAUGACCCCAACCCAGUGUUCAACGAAGCCAUGAUCUUCUCAGUGCCAGCCAUCGUGCUCCAGGACCUGUCUCUCCGUGUGACGGUGGCUGAGAGUAGCAGCGAUGGCCGAGGGGACAACGUGGGCCAUGUCAUCAUCGGGCCGUCAGCCAGUGGCAUGGGCACCACGCACUGGAACCAGAUGCUGGCCACGCUGCGCAGGCCCGUGUCCAUGUGGCACCCUGUUCGGCGAAACUAGCAGCUGGAAAACGGGCCAGGGUGGGCACUGAGCUGCCUGGGGCCCGGCGCAAGCUCCGCUCUGAUGCCCCUCCGUAGUCCAGCAGGAGCCAUAAAUGCUGGGGUCCCCCACUGGAGCCCCCGUGAGCCAUCUUGGUCCGUCUGUCCAGACUGCAGUGGAGGAACAGUCCUGGCCAGGUGUCUAGGGACCCAGGAUUUUCUCCCACUGAGGACCAGCUGUGGCUGGGCUGUGACCCAGGAACGGGCAGCCUGGCACUGGCCCUUUGUGCCCCCAUUUUGAGAUCCCCAACAGGCUGCUGGGAGGCCAGUGCCAAGCUCGGCCACAUGCAGGAACUGAGUGAGUCUUGGGGGCCAGGUGCUGUGCUAGGCACCAGCAGCCGUGACAUGAACAGGACACAGCCCCUAGCAUGUCCAGAGGGCAAGACCCCUGCCCUGGGGAUCUGCUCAGUGCUGAAUGUGGACUUGGGAGGGCUCUGGGGUCUGCUAGGACGAGAUGGGAGCCGAGCCCUGAGGGGCAGGGAAAGAACUAAAUGUGUCCCAGGCAGGCAGCCAGCCUCAGCAAGGCAGGGACAUGAACUUCCGUAUCACAAACUGUCCUACUGCAGUGGACACGAGGGCCUUUCUCUGCGCAAGAGAAGUGACCAGGAGACCAGGCCAAGCAGAGGCCUGCAGGGUGCGGCAAACACUGGCUCCGGAAUCACGCUCUAUGAAAUCUGCUCCCUUGAACCGUGACCCUUGCAAAGCCCAGAGGUCUGAAGAGGCCCAGAGCCAGGUCCUUGUGUUUGGUCCCAACUGAAUUAGGCAUUGGCUCCACGGCGUUUGUUGGGGUACCUCCAGGCUAGGCCCUGUUGGGAAGAGAGAUGCCUCAGCCUCUAGGGAGCUGGAGGGCAGUGGGAGGGCCAGAAUACAGACUGCAGGGGGCCCAGGGGAGAGGCUUUUGUGGGCUGCCCGUGCGUGGUGUAGCAGGAGGCCCUCCAGCUGGGCCUUGGAGGAAAGGGGCUGCCUGAGCUGGGGCAUUGAGGGGAAGUGG